AUGGCAACACCAACCCUCACUCAAUCCACUACCAACAUCCCUACCGAACACAAAACAAUGUCCACAACAAUCACCUCCCUCGACUCAAUGGAUGGUCCUCUCUUCCCAGCCUCCCUCAUCUCCCCAGAAGUCAUCACCGAACUCCCAACAGAUUAUACUAUUCGUCCGCUCCGCCGAUCAGACUACAGCCGCGGAUACCUCGAUGUACUCCGUGUGCUGACCACUGUUGGUGAGAUCAGUGAGGAACAGUGGGAUAAGCGAUUUAACUGGAUCGCCUCUCGGAAUGAUGAGUAUUACAUGCUUGUUGUGUGUGAUGGGGAUGACCGAGUCGUUGGUACUGGCUCGCUGAUUGUUGAGCGCAAGUUCAUUCACGCACUUGGUAUGGUGGGGCAUAUUGAGGAUAUUGCGGUUGAGAAAGGUCAGCAGGGGAAGAAGUUGGGGUUGAGGAUUAUUCAGGCUUUAGAUUUUGUUGCGGAGCAGGUUGGGUGUUAUAAGACUAUUCUUGAUUGCUCGGAGGCUAAUGAGGGCUUUUAUGUUAAGUGUGGGUUUAAGCGGGCUGGUCUGGAGAUGGCUCAUUAUUACCCAAGUCCUGCUUGA